UAUUCAAGCGUAUAAUUUAAUAAGAUGGCGGACAUGGUACGCAUCCGUGUUUAACGAAACGGAGUUUAUCAUGUUAUGAUCAUUCGAUAAUUUUUGCUGAGUUCAAACGAUUUUCUUCCAACAAAACAACACAAAUGAAAUGGUAACUAGCAAACCGGUUUAAAUCAAGCGACAUUCGCGUAUGAAACUUUGAGUGUAAGUCUUAUUGCUUGAACUUUAACCUUUUGACAAUUGGGUAAACAAACGAUCUGUGUCAUGCUACAAGAGGCUUCUGAUAGCGAUAACGAAAGUUACGAACUGGACGAUUUAAAAAUGUCAUCUUCAGAAACCCGGGCAUUGCUGAGAGAAUCGUCGAGCAGAAUGGAUCGCGCUAGCUACAACAAAGACGCAAGUGACGGCAGUGUGCAAUUGGAUGGAAAAAGUGACAUAAAAAUCAGGGAACUGAAAACGCCAUGCUUUAUUUACGUUUUGUCAUUUUUCUCAGCAAUUGGUGGAUUUCUGUUUGGUUAUGACACCGGUGUUGUUUCUGGUGCGAUGCUUUUGCUCAAAGAUGAAUUCCACCUCACUUCACUUGAGGAAGAAGUAAUUGUCAGCGUCACAAUAGGCUUUGCAUUUCUGUUUGCGCUGCUGGGUGGUUGGUUAAACGAUAGAUAUGGCAGAAAGUUGACCACGGUCAUGGCCAGUUUUGUGUUCACCAUUGGAGCAGGCGUGCUGGCUGGUGCUUAUGCUCUGUGGAUGCUGAUUGUGGGUAGAGCGAUACUCGGAAUGGGAAUAGGCCUGGCCUCCAUGACAGUACCAGUAUAUAUUGCAGAGUGUGCACCAAUUCAUCUACGGGGCAGACUAGUAACUUUAAAUAAUCUCUUUAUUACUGGUGGGCAGUUUGUAGCCAGUGUGGUGGAUGGAGCUUUUAGUUACGACAAAAAACAUGGGUGGAGGUAUAUGCUUGGCCUGGCAGCUAUUCCAUCAAUUGUCCAGAUGAUUGGAUUCAUCUUCCUACCAGAGAGUCCGCGCUGGCUAGUGGCCAAUGGCAUGUCCGAGAAGGCUCGCACAGUGCUCGUCAAUAUACGUGGGACGUCCGACAUCGAGGAUGAAAUGAAAGAGGUUGAGCUAGUUGUGGCUGAAGAUAAGAGAGAGAAAGAACUAUCAGGUUCCAAUGUGUUCAUGAAGAUAAUGCGGACUCCUUCUGUAAGGAAGGCACUUAUAGUGGGAUGUGGCCUUCAGUUGUUUCAGCAGCUCUCAGGAAUCAAUACCGUCAUGUACUACAGUGCUACAAUCAUCAAAAUGUCGGGUAUUAGAAAUCAGACUGAUGCCAUUUGGCUUGCAGCUGGCACUGCGGGGGUCAACUUUGUGUUCACCAUUGUUGCCUUGUUCCUGGUGGAACGGCUGGGACGAAGAAAACUCAUAAUUUCUAGUCUUUUUGGAGUAUGGGUAAGCCUGGUGGUGCUAGCUAUAGGUUUCCAGCUGGCGGCAUUUAACUCACCUCCCGUGACAGUCUCAGAACCCGGUGAUGGCUUUUGCCACGGAUACACGUGGUGUGAAGGAUGCAUUGAAAAUACAAAAUGCGGGUUCUGUUACAAUGACUUUGGUCACGGCCCAGUGAAUGGGUCAUGUCUGCCUAUUGAUGGGGAGAAUACGGGGCAUUCUUCAGUUGGCCAAUGCAAUGCCACUACUGGAGAUGAGACAGACUUGAUAUAUGCCUAUCAGUACUGCCCCACGGACUACAGCUGGAUGGGAAUAGCAGGCCUGGGACUGUAUCUCAUGUUCUUUGCACCAGGCAUGGGUCCCAUGCCGUGGACCAUCAACUCCGAGAUUUACCCACUGUGGGCACGUAGCACGGGUAACUCGUUGUCUACGGCAACCAACUGGCUCUCCAACCUCCUUGUGUCCAUGACGUUCCUCACGCUUACUGAGACAAUCACAAAAUAUGGUACAUACUGGCUGUUUGUUGGCAUUGUGAGUCUGGCAUUGCUUUUCAUGAUACUAACGUUGCCAGAGACACGGGGAACCAAGCUUGAGGAAGUGGAGGCCUUGUUUGCUGGUCCCCUGUGCAGCUGCUCAAGAGUCUGUGGGAAAACAGAAACUGUUGGGGUCAAAUUGUGAUAAUGUUUUUUUUUCCACGGACCAUAUGGGGGGGUGAUUUUGUUCAAAUUAUUUCAUAAAAAUGUUGAUGGUUACUGACAGACUCUGUGUGCAAAACUACAAAUGGAUCAUAGGAACAAAUGUACAUCUGUGAUAUAAAGUAACGAUGGAGAGAAAGAAAUUGUACAAAAUUGUAUUUAUAGAUGUUUUACAUCCAAGUUUUAUUAUUCAUAAAAGAGGAUUUUCAGUAAGCUUGCAUUAUUACAUUUUAAGCUCACCUGAGCACAAUGUGCUCUUGGUGAGCUUUUUUUGUGAUCGCCUUUUGUCAGUCGUGCAUUGUGCGGCGUCAACAUUUGCCUUGUUAUCACUCUAGAGGCCACAUUUAUUAUCCAAUCUUCAUGAAAUUUGGUCAGAAGAUUGGUUUCAAUGAUAUCUUUGAUGAGUUCGAAAAUGCUUGCAUUUGCUUGAAAAACAUGGCUGCCAAUGGGCGGGGCAAUUUUUUGUUAUAUGGCUAUAUAUGGCGAUAGUAAAAUCUUGUGAACACUCUAGAGGCCACAUUUAUUUUCCGAUCUUCAUGAAACUUGGUCAGAAGAUUCAUCCCAAUAAUAUCUUGGACUAGUUUGAAAAUGAUGCCAGUUGGUUGAAAAAUAUGGCCGCCAGGGGGCGGGGCAUUUUUCCUUAUAUGGCUAUAGUAAAACCUUGUUAAGACUCUAGAGGCCACAUUUAUUUUCGAAUCAUCAUGAAACUUGGUCUGAAGAUUUGUCCCAAUGAUAUCUUGGACUAGUUUGAAAAUGAUGCCAGUUGGUUGAAAAAUAUGGCCGCCAGGGGGCGGGGCAUUUUUUCUUUUAUGGCUUUAGUUAAACCUUGUUAACACUCUAGGGGCCUUAUUUAUUGUCCGAAUUAUAUCUUGGACAACUUCGAAAACUGUUCUGGUUGGUUGAAAAACAUGGCCACCAAGGGGCUGGGCAUUUUUCCUUAUAUGGCUAUAGUUAAACCCUGUUAACAGUCUAGAGGCCACAUUAUUUUCAUAUAUUUUUUUAUCUGUUUAAAACAGUGAAACAUUGUAUUUAACUCACUAGGAUUUCUCUAUAAACCACACAAAAUAUUACAUAAUUCUGUAUUAUUAUUCAGUGUAUAUUGUGCAAAAUGAACAUGUGUAGAUGUGACAUUAGUCAGAAACACAUUAACAGGUUAAGCCUGUCUAAACAAAGUAUCCUAGGGUAGUUUUAGCGUAUCUGCAAUGUAUUUAAAUGGGAUUAGGUGCUAAUACGUAGUAGGAAGUACACAUGUAGAUGAGUACAUUUAUGAUAAAGGGAGCCGGCAUAAACUCUGUCAGACAUAUGCCCUAUUGGGGUCAGACCAUUCUUGACAUAUGCCACCGCAGACACCUUCUGAAGUUUUGCCAUUCAUCAAACUAUAUACCCGUUACCGGUAUGUACAGCUUGGUAUGUCAUACAAUUAAUUAACACAACUAAUUUAGCUAUUCAAUUGUCAACAGAGUGUUCAUAUUUAACUAUCUGAAAGAUUAAGGUUGUCUAAGAGGCAAACUGUCAAUUUGAGUGAAUAUGAAAUGAUUUUAAAAAUGUUUAUUUAUUAUCCGGGCUCAAAUAAGAUGUGAUUUUGAAUAACAUGUGGGAGGCCAAAGUCCUGAAUGGCACUAUAUCAAAUUGGCAUAUGUCUGAGAGGGUAUAUGGCUACACACAAAAUAUCUGGAAGCAGGGCAUAUGUCCGACAGUAGUGUUAGAAACAUAUUUAAAAUAUGGAUUGUGUAUGCAAGUUUAAUACAGUUCAGUGUAAAAUUAUUCAGGAUGGGCAAAGGUUGACUCAAUGCUGAUCAAGAUAUUAUUCUGAUGUAGGUUCUUUGUCAUAUGUAAUGUUGAUACUGAAUACAAAUGUAUAUACAAUUUCCAGUAGUAAUUGUUAUGUACCAAAACCAGUUAUGUAGAUCAUGAAUGUAAACAAAUUAGCAGGGAAUAGUGUGUGAUAUUUCAUUUUAUAUUUGUGAUGCAAAAUCAUGUUAAGCAUAUUCUGGAAUUUCUGUGAAAAGCAAGAUUAGUUAUUAACUUUUGUUUUAAUUUUCAAAUAAUUAUAUAAUCCAAUAUCUUUAUUAGUUUUUCACAUUUUUAUUUGCAUAAUAAUACAUAUGAUUAAUAUUAAGAACAACGUUAUAAUUUGUUUAAUUGUAUGCUCUACAAAAUACUUGUUCUUGUAAUGAAAUUAUUUGCUUUAUGAAAUGCAAAAAGGAAAUUUGCAGAAGGUAAAACGUCUUAACUUGUUCUAAGUUAUAUAUUUGUACCUGUUUGUGUUGUAUUAAAUAUUUUGUUACAUUGUAUAUAUUGUUAAAGCUUAAUUGUUUGGUUAAGAAAAGGUAACAAACACAACUGCACUUAUAGUUUUUAAAUCGAUAUUGUUUGCCUUGUCUGUAUCUUGUUGUUAAGUCCCCAUUUGAAGAAGGAGGCAUGGAGAAGUUGCAGUGUACAUCUGUUUGUUAGGAAGAGUGUAUGGAUGUCCUUCAGAAAAUUCUGUUCUCAGCAAUAAAAUAACAUGGCAUAAAUGUAAGCCAUCAUAAAACAACAUGUCACUGUAACAAUCGUCUCCCUGCCUCAAAUGUCAAGGUCACAAUUAAAGUUCAAAGAUAAAGUU